AUGGCCGAUCGAGGCACCGAGGUCCGAUUACCACCCAUCGACAACGACCCGAACAGAUGCGAACGCGCGUUUGUCGGGAACACGAUUGGUCAAGCCAACGCGGUUUCGGAUAAGACUUUGGAUUUGCGCAAGUGCCAAUACGAUAACGUUUCCGUGAAAGGUAUCACCUUAUCUGGAGCGUUGAUGGUGGACAGCGUUUUCGAUAACUCGGAUUUUAGCGAGACGGUUAUGAGUAAAGUGUACGCGACGAAAGCGAGCUUUAAGAACGUCAACUUUACGAACGCGGUCAUAGACCGAGCGACGUUUGACGGGAGCGAUAUGACGGGAGCGAAUUUUCAAAACGCAGUUUUAACCGGCGUGAGUUAUGAAGGCGCGAAUUUGACCGGGGCGAACUUCGAGGAGGCUUUGAUCGGAGACCAAGACGUGAAGUUGUUGUGCUUAAAUCCGACCGUGGUGGACGAGAGCAGAAUGCAAAUCGGCUGUAAAAAUUAA